UCCUCGUAAACCAGAAAACAAAUCUCCUUCCCUCCCUAAUCCCUUCCCUAUAUAGCUCUCGCUCACCCACCCAACCCCGACAUCGCUGUAUCGCACGCAGAACGAGAGCGAGAGCGAGGGAUCAAUGGAGGCGCACGUGGAGCGGGCGCUGCGGGAGGGCCUGACGGAGGAGGAGAGGGCGGCGCUGGAGCCGGCGGUGCUGGCGCACCACACGUUCCCCGGCAGGGCAGCGGCGCCGGCGGAGGGGGCCGCGGCCGCCACCGCCACCGCCACGUCGCUGGUGACGCAACACGUGGCGGCGCCGCUGCGCGCGGUGUGGCCCAUCGUCCGCAGCUUCGGCAACCCGCAGCGGUACAAGCACUUCGUCCGCACCUGCGCGCUCGCCGAGGGCGACGGCGCCAGCGUCGGCAGCGUCCGGGAGGUCACCGUCGUGUCGGGCCUCCCGGCGUCCACCAGCACAGAGCGCCUCGAGAUCCUCGACGACGACCGCCACAUCAUCAGCUUCCGCGUCCUCGGCGGCCAGCACCGCCUCCGGAACUACCGCUCCGUCACCUCCGUCACCGAGUUCCAGCCGCAGCCGGGUGCGCCCUCGCCCUACUGCGUCGUCGUCGAGUCCUACGUCGUCGACGUCCCCGACGGGAACACCGAGGACGACACCAGGAUGUUCACCGACACCGUCGUCAAGCUCAACCUCCAGAAGCUCGCCGCCGUCGCCGAGGAAUCCGCUGCCUCCUCUGCUUCGCGGCGGCGCGACUAGCUACAAGCUACGCCUCGUGAAUAAACCGUCCUCGUUUCAUCGUGACAUCACCCCGGCCGUCUUGUCGUGCCGGCGUCGUCGUCGUCGGCGGCGGCGCCGUGUUAUUUGUCAGUCUCUCUUUCUUAUCCCUUGUAUUUUCUCUCUCUUUUUCUCCUUUUUUCUUGUAAAAACAAUCCUGGUGGCAUAAGUAAGCCGUUUUGUUUUGUAGUAUCAUAUUUUUGCUCUUUUUAUUGGCGUUUUUAUUUAUUCCAUCAUA